GGGUUUUUAAGUGUGCGUUUGGAGUCAACACCGACACCGCACAUGCUCAGUCCGCAGCUCCUCGUAAGCUCCUCCCUGGCGUGAGAGGGGAGAGCGAGAUUCCAAGCGGAUCAGAGGGGGUGCGUCGCUCAGGCAGGACCGAGGAGGAAUCACAGCAGCCCCGGCCGGGACUGCGAGACCCGACCCGCUGGAUCCCCGGAGGAACAGAGAGAACACGUCGCCCAAGGGAGAGCUCUGUUCAGGUCCCUGAAUACACCCCUGAUGUCAGAUGCAUGGAUCGGCCAGCUUGUGGCUUGCUAGAGGAGACUGCAGAGAGGAAGAAAUGAUGGCAUGAUGCUGCUGGCUGGGAUAGCCCUCCUCAUAACACAUUCAGGCGGGGGUGAGGGAGAGGGGGAAGGCCCUGCCUGCCUGUGGUGCACCCCUCCACCAGCCAACCAGUGCAGGCUGUAGGAUGUUCUCGUCAGUGAAGGCUUUCGAGGGGCAGCAGUACUCCACCCUGAAGAGGCAGUGCCUUGCCAGCGGCCUUCUGUUCGAAGACCCACACUUCCCAGCCUUGGACGACACCCUCUUCUACCAGGGCAAUAGGAUUGGACGCGUGCACUGGAAGAGACCCCAGGAGCUCUCUGAGGACCCUCACCUGUUUGUGGAUGGGAUCAGUGCGCACGACCUGCACCAGGGCCAGCUGGGAAACUGCUGGUUUGUGGCGGCGUGCUCCAGCCUGGCCUCCAGAGAGUCCCUGUGGUCUAAAGUCAUCCCAGACUGGAAGGAGCAGGAGUGGGACACGGAGACACCCGAGUCGUACGCCGGGAUCUUCCACUUCCGCUUCUGGCGCUUCGGCGAGUGGGUGGACGUGGUGAUCGACGAUCGGCUGCCCACGGUGGACAAGCAGCUGGUCUACUGCCACUCAGAUGACAGCAACGAGUUCUGGAGCGCACUGGUGGAGAAGGCCUAUGCCAAAGUGUACGGCUGCUACGAGGCCCUGGACGGCGGGAACACGGCGGAUGCCCUGGUGGACUUCACAGGUGGCGUGUCGGAGCCCAUGGACCUGCUGGAGGGCCAGAUGGCCACGGACGAGGUGGCCCGCAACCAGCUGUUUGAGAGGGUGCUGAAGGUCCACAACCGGGACGGCCUCAUCAGCUGCUCCAUCCGGGCGACCACAGUGGAGGACAUGGAGGCGCGGCUAGACUGUGGCCUGGUCAAGGGCCACGCAUACGCGGUGACGGACGUGAAGAAGGUGCGUCUGGGCCAGGGCCUGCUGGCAUUUUUCAAGUCAGAGAAGCUCAAUAUGAUCCGCAUGAGGAACCCCUGGGGAGAGAAGGAGUGGAGCGGGCCCUGGAGCGACAGCUCAGAGGAGUGGAAGAAGGUGAGCAAGAGUGAGAGAGAGAAGCUUGGCGUCACCGUGCAGGACGACGGAGAAUUCUGGAUGACGUUUGAUGACUUCUGCCAGUACUUCACGGACCUGAUCCUGUGCCGCCUCAUCAACACCUCCUAUCUGAGCAUCCAUAAGACCUGGGAGGAGGAGGUGAUGAGGGGCUCCUGGGUCCCCCGCCAGGACCCCCUGAGGAACCGCUCUGGGGGAUGCAUCAACCACAAGGCCACCUUCCUCCAGAACCCACAGUAUGUGUUUGACGUGAAGAAGCUAGAGGACGAGGUGUUGAUCGCCCUGCAGCAGAAGGAGAGGAGAGCCACCACCAAAGAGGGCAAAGGAGAUAACCUGGCCAUAGGCUUUGACAUUCACCGGGUGGAGCUGAACAGAAAGUACCGCAUGCACACGGCCCAGCAGAAGGUGGCGGGCUCCAUCUACAUCAACUCGCGCUGCGUCUUCCUCAGGAAGGAGCUCAAGGAGGGUCGCUACGUCAUCAUCCCCACAACUUUUGACCCCGGGCAGCAGGGUGACUUCCUGUUGCGGGUCUUCACUGACGUGCCUUCAGACUGCAAAGAGUUGAACCUAGACGAGCCCCCCCAGACGUGUUGGACGGGCAUGUGUGGUUACCCCCAGCUGGUCACCCAGGUCCACGUUCUGAGUGCUGAGGGACUCCAGGGCCAGGACUCUAAUGGAGCCUCGGACCCGUACGUCAUUAUCACCUGUGAGGGGGAGAGGGUGCGCUCGCCGGUGCACAAGGACACACGGAGCCCCAACUUCGAUGUCAAAGGCCUGUUCUACCGCAAGAAGCCCAAGGAAGGCAUCCACAUUGAGAUCUACAAUAAGAACGUGAUUGUGGAUACCUUCCUGGGUCAGGUGACCCUGUCCAGUGACCCAAACGACCGGCAGGAGCAGCACACGCUCCACCUGCGCGACAAGGGCAAUCGCCAAGACAACGACCUCCCGGGCACGGUCACCGUGCGCCUCAUCACCUGCAUCACACUCAUCAACAUAUGACGUCACAACCGCCAGUCUCGCCAUGGAAUGUCGAAGGAGCUUGACCUUUGUCAUCUUGACGACAUGCCCCUAAACCGAGCAUGCCAGUUAAACUGUUAAUCACCCCCACCCCUGCUCCAUCCAACCCAACACCCACCUUUCUGACUCUUUCUCUCACACUCACUGUUUCACACACACACACACACACACACACACACACACACACACA